AUGCCAUUAAGCAGUGACGAACUAGAGGCACCAUUAUUAUCCAGAGAAAGACCUUCUAUCAACAUCAAUACCUUGUCUACAGAAGCUGAACCUCUCAGACAAUCAACCCAGUCCCCUCUUAUUACCCCGGCUUCUCCUACUGACACUGAACCUUCGGCUUUGUUUUCACCUGCGGACUCUCACCGCAGCCAACGUACAGCUGCCAGCAGUAUUUCUAGCAACGAUGUGUUUUUAAUCCAGGACCUUGAAGAUUCUUUUGGACUGGGGGUGGAUACGGAAGAUGUUAGAGCAUCUCAUACAACCUCAUCAAUGCUAUCUUACAACCCCCUGAGAUCUCCAGACCGUUUUUUGCCCAUCAGGGAUCCGCACAACCCAUCAUCUUUACCAUUUAGGCUGUCUAGACAUCCAGCUCUGCUCUCACCGGUCGAACGUUCUCGGCGGCUCCAUGACCCUGCCAAUAUCUUUACAUAUCCUUAUCAGGCCGUUCAAAGAGGCGUCGAAAUCGGAGAUCCUAGAAUAUCACCUCGCCAACUACCUCGCUAUAUAAACCAUGGCCUUCUUAGUGAACAUCCAUCCAAUCCUGGUGAGAUUGCGCACACUAAUAGGUCCAGAGCUUAUGCGGUUUGGAGCUUCCAAGGAGGCCUAGGAGUCCGACAUUCUCCUCGUAAUAUGGUGUGUGAUGGACGGGGGGGUCUCUUUGGGAGCGGCACUGUAGCUCCUCUCUAUAUUGCAGACUUUCUCACAGACAGAAGCCAAAUACAGGAUGAUCUUGCAUAUGAAACACGUCUCGCUUACGCAAUAAACGUUGACCACGCAGCUCGGGUUCUACAUUCAACUCCACAAAGUCCGCUUCAAGACAAGCGUAUUCCAUCUUUUAACUCUCCUGACAGAUGGAGCAAUAAUGUCUGGAAAACUGAUGAUUCAAAGUCUCCUAUCUCGCUAACUUAUUCAGCAGUUUCCCCUAAGAAGCCGGGCCCCAAGCCACCUCGUCCGGUACCAUCAACUCCCUUUCGUGUUCUUGAUGCACCUCUCCUCAGAGAUGAUUUCUACUGCUCUACAUUAGCAUAUUGCUAUACAGCUCGGGUGCUUGCCGUUGGCCUCGGACACAGAGUUUACAUAUGGUCUGAGGGAACAGCUGUGAAGCACCCUCCAUUCAAGGACUAUCCACCUUCGAACUAUGUUACUUCUUUGUCGUUCUCAUCACAUACGGGCGGACAUAGUAUCCUGGCCGUGGCUCGUCAGGGCGGUCGAGUCACUUUGUGGAGCACCUUCGACUCUGAACCUCGGUUUGAAUUGAAACUUCCGCACGGCGCAUCCAGUGCCUGCUUCAAGGGAUGCACCACACGCAGGACAUCAAGCCGGGAUGGUUUGACCUCAGUUGACGUGGAGGAGCUUGCUAUCGGAGACGAGUUUGGGCAGGUUUGGUACUAUUCCGUGGAAUGGACAAAUGCCAAGUGGAGGAAACGGUACAAUUGGAAUGGUGCAAUACGUCUUCUCGCAAAGAUCUCGGCUCAUACCCAGCAGGUUUGUGGUAUAGCAUGGUCUCCCGAUGGAAGAUUCUUGGCCACCGGCGGGAACGACAAUAUUUGCCUUAUUUUCGACGUCGUUGAACUCACUAAGAAGACAGGAUCCGGAGAGUGCGUUGUCAACUCACCUGGAAAAGCGAGGAGUUUAAGUACCGGGUCUACUCUUUCAAGUAAGUUAUGCUUACUUCAGUCCUAUUUCCACUGUGGGAAUUCAUGCGGCAGCACUCUAUCUGCUGGAACGAGUACGCCGGAAACGGGGGCCCCUAGUCCUCCCAAAGGGGCUGUGGAGGACCAACCUUCCACAAAACCAAUUUAUAUCCCGGCGGAAUCAGAGAAGCACAAAUUCACUCAUGCUGCCGCGGUGAAAGCAAUCGCUUUUGCUCCAUGGCAACCAACCCUUGUAGCGACGGGUGGCGGCACGAACGAUCGAUGCAUUCGAUUUUUCCACGCUAUUUCUGGCGCAUGUCUAGCAAUUAUCAAUGUCCACUCACAGGUAACCAGUUUGAUAUGGAGCAAAACCCGUCGCGAGAUAGCUGCAACCUUUGGCUACGCGUCUCCCGAACAUCCUUACCGGAUAGCAGUCUUUGCAUGGCCAAGCUGCCAGCAAGUCGUCGCUAUCCCUUGGGCGGUAGCUACAGGACAUGAACGCUUUGGGAGUUUGAACCCAGGAGAUUGUGGGCGCGCACUUUGGGCAAUUAGCUACCCUGGUGGGCCAAACGAAAUGGCUCGUCAGCUUGCUGAUCCUGUAUCUCACGGACAUCACGGACACGGCCCAAAUAGAAGUGAUACCAGUUCCGAUGACUCCCAGUCAUCUGCCUCCAACAAGGAAGGGGAUACAUGGUGGUCACGCACGGCCGAAGAAGGAUGUAUCAUUGUGGCGUCCAGUGACGAGUCUGUUAAAUUCCACGAGGUCUGGAGUGGGACGCCCAAGAACAUCGCUAGUACCAGCGGAGUACUGGGCGGGAGUGCAAUCUUAGAGAGUCUGGAGGGUAUUGAGAAGGAGACGGAAGUUAUUAGAUAG